AAUAAUAUUGGAUAUUAUGGUAUAGUGGCAAUCGGACAUCCCCCGCAAUAUUUCAAACUGGUUUUUGACACUGGAUCACCAAACAUCUGGGUUGGCAGUGAACAACUGGCACAGCAUCUACUUAUGUCCGAAAGUUCAUAUUACCCCAGCGAAUCAGUAACGUUCAUUGACAAAAAGAAGACAUAUCACGCAGUAUUCGGGAAUUACGUUGCAACUGGUCGCAUCGUAUCGGACAUCGUACGGUUCCACGGUCAUCAGUUUCGCACGGACUACGGUCUGGUCGAUAACGUGCAAGGUUACGUCGAUCAGCUCCUUACGAUUGAUGGGCUCUAUGGCCUUAUGCUCAAACCAACUCAUGAUGAGAUCAAAUCAACUCCAUUGGAUGAAAUGUUUUCGCAAGGACUGAUUUCGCGACGGAUGUUUGCUUUCGUCUUUUCC